CAUUUAGUGAUCUCUUCUUUAAGAAGUUGUUUAAGACUUUUAUUUGACUUUAAUAUAAGAAUUGGACUCAAAUAUACAGCGAUGUCUUCAAUAUAUUCAAUAUGUUUAUUAACAUUAGUUUUGAAUUUAAAUUUAUAUCAAUUGACAAAUGCAUUCAAUUUGGAGACAAGACUUCCAGUCAUUAAAUACGGGCCAAAGAACUCGUAUUUCGGGUAUUCAGUGGCCGAACAUCUGAUCGUCGAUGAAAACACCCGACAUAUCUCUGAAGCUGUCAUGCUUGUGGGCGCUCCACGAGCACAGAGCGGUCAGCCACAGACUAAUCACUCGGGAGUAGUAUUUAAAUGUCCAUUGAAUACAAUCCGAAGCGAUUGCACACAAAUUAGGAUAGAAGAAGAUAAUAAACCUCCCGACGAAGGGAUCAGUAAAGAUGACCAAUGGUUAGGCGUAACCGUCAAAAGUCAGGGCCCGGGAGGUUAUGUUAUGGCGUGCGCUCAUCGAUAUAUAUUAAAAGGAUCGGAUUUCCAAUGGGGUCAAGGAAUCUGUUAUUCAUUAUCACAGUAUUUAGAUUUCCGAAGAGCGUGGGAGCCGUGCUAUAACAGGCCGGUCAGUAAAGCACACGAACAGUUUGGUUACUGUCAGGCGGGCACAAGUGGUGAGAUAACUGAAGACUAUGACAUAGUAAUAGGAGCUCCGGGACCGUACACAUGGCGCGGCACAGUCUUCUCAAAUUCCGUCAGAUAUCGAAUUCGCGACGACAAGACUUGGUAUUUGGGACCUGUGCUCGAAAAUGAAUCCCCAGUCGAUAAAUACAGUUAUUUAGGAAUGAGUGUGACUUCGGGUAAAUUUUUUGACGGCUCAACGAGUUAUGCCGGGGGCGCCCCCCGCGCUAACGGCACUGGACAAGUGGUGUUCUUUUCGAAACAUAAGGGAGAGUCGACUUUUGAUGUGAGCCAUAUUCUGAGUGGAGAACAGUUCGCUUCUUCUUACGGCUAUUCAAUGACUUCACUCGACUGUAACGGCGACGGACGAAUCGAUUUAGUAGUCGGCGCUCCUUUCUAUUACAGCCGCAGCGAAGGCGGAGCCGUAUAUCUGUAUAUCAAUUCAAACGGAAAGUUCACCAAA